CUAACCUAUCUAUUUUUUAGUUUUUACAUGAUAUAAUUUCAAAUGCAAAGAAGGGUGGUUGUAACUGGUAUCGGUGUAUUAUCACCGGUUGGAUCGACUCUUAAAGAAUCCUGGAAAAAUAUAGUUAAUGGAAAGUCGGGAAUCACUAAACUAGAAGGUCCCGAAUAUGAAACUUUACCGUGUAAAGUGGCCGGGUUUGUUAAAGAAAAUGGGCAAAAGUUUGAGCUAAAUAAACACUUUAGUAAAACAGAGUUAAAAUCAAUGGGUCCGGGAACUGGGUAUGCUUUAUUGGCUGCCAAAGAGGCUCUUGAAGAUGCUAAACUUACCGACAUGAAUGAAGAAACUAAACAAAAUACUGGUGUUGCUGUUGGUAUGGGUAUGGUUGAUUUAGCAGACAUAUGUGCUACUAACGAUGCCUUAAAAAAAGGCUACCACCAUGUCAGCCCAUUUUUUGUCCCACGAAUAUUACCUAAUAUGGCUGCAGGACAAAUAAGCAUUAAGUAUGGCCUCAGGGGUCCCAACCAUGCUGUUUCCACUGCUUGUGCAACAGGAGCUCAUGCAAUUGGCGAUUCCUUUAGAUUUGUUAAAAAUGGUGAUGCAGACAUUAUGCUUUGUGGGGGUACUGAGGCCUGUAUUUCACCUCUGGCAAUAGCUGGAUUUUGCCGACUGAGAGCUUUAAGUACGUCUUUUAAUGAUAAACCAGAACAAGCAUCCAGGCCAUUUGAUAAACUUAGAGAAGGUUUUGUGAUGGGGGAAGGUAGUGCUAUAUUAGUUUUGGAGGAACUGGAGCAUGCUCUCAAAAGAAAUGCUUAUAUAUAUGCUGAAAUUAAGGGAUAUGGAUUAUCUGGGGAUGCUUCCCAUUUAACAGCUCCAAGGGCUGAUGGCACAGGGGCGCAAUUAGCAAUGGAAAGAGCAAUAAGGGAUGCUAAAAUAGAUGUGUCUGACAUAACUUAUGUAAAUGCGCAUGCAACGUCUACACCCAUUGGAGAUGCUAUAGAAGCAAGGGCUUUAAAGAGCUUGUUUGGAGACAGGAGUAUGGAAGUGGCAGUGUCUUCCACCAAAGGUGCACAUGGACAUUUGUUGGGAGCGGCUGGAAACCUGGAGACAGCUUUUACAAUUAAGGCUGUGGAAGAGGGGAUUUUACCUCCUACUGUUAACUUGGAGACUGUUGAAAAUGCAGAUUUUAAUUUUGUAGCUUUGAAAAGUCAAGAGUGGAAAAGUAAUAAAAGGAUAGCAUUAAAAAACGCUUUUGGUUUUGGUGGGACCAAUGCUUGUUUGUGUAUAGGACAGUUUGAAUAAUUUCAAAUUAGAAAAUACCUAUUUAUAAGUGUACAUAUAGCUUUUUAAUAAAAUUAAUUAACUUUGUUAUUAA